GCUCGCGCGCAGGCGCAAGGGCGGCGGCGCCCCCUGGCGGCCGAGGGGCGGGGGCGCGGCUGAGCCGCCUCCCUCGUUCGUUCGCUCCCUCGCUGCCUCCUUCCUCGCGCCUCGGCCCAACAUGGCGAUGCACAACAAGGCGGCGCCGCCGCAGAUCCCGGACACCCGGCGGGAGCUGGCCGAGCUGGUGAAGCGCAAACAGGAGCUGGCGGAGACGCUGGCAAACUUGGAGAGACAGAUCUAUGCUUUUGAAGGGAGCUACCUGGAAGACACCCAGAUGUAUGGCAAUAUUAUUCGGGGCUGGGACCGCUAUCUGACAAAUCAAAAAAACUCUAAUAGCAAAAAUGAUCGUAGGAACCGAAAAUUUAAAGAAGCUGAACGGCUCUUCAGUAAAUCCUCAGUUACUUCAGCAGCGGCAGUAAGUGCAUUGGCUGGAGUUCAGGACCAACUUAUUGAAAAAAGGGAACCAGGCAGUGGUACAGAAAGUGACACAUCUCCAGACUUUCACAAUCAGGAGAAUGAACCCAGCCAAGAGGACACAGAGGAUCUGGAUGGAUCUGUGCAGGGAGUGAAACCCCAGAAGGCUGCUUCCUCCACCUCUUCAGGAAGUCAUCACAGCAGCCAUAAAAAAAGGAAGAAUAAAAACCGACACAGGUUAGUGACAUUGGUACGAUUCUCCAGGGCUGAGGUGAUUAUUAUUACAAAGGGAUAUUUCUGGAAUACAGAUUCUUGGGUGCUGCUAUUAGGGAUUUAUAUUUUCACAGCCAGAAGAAAAGGCCUCUCCUAUAAGUAAUGUCUUAUUUUUUCUAAACUGAUGUACCAACAAUGCAGGAGGGCCUCCAGGUUUUUAGAUUUGGGGUAGAGGAUAGCUGGUGUGGUUUGUGUAGAAGAACCAUAUUAAAUGAAAAUCUUACAUGAAAUGGUAUGUUGGGAUUAUUUUUAAUUGAGGAAAGGGGGGAGUAAAAAAAGGAUAGAUGAAGGCUUUUGUUGUUUCUCUUAUUUGUAUCUUCUCUGAUCCCUUAUGGAUUCUGAGAACUAGCCAAACACAUUUUUUUUAAAUGGCAUUUGAGUGAUUGCUUGUGCUCCCUCCUUCCCUGCCCUAUGCCCAUUCAUCUUUCUGCAAUAUGCAGACACAUAUAUUGGAGUAUUGGAGUCCAGAGCCCCAAGUAAGAAUGUGCUUUCCCAGAUAAUAUUUGCCCACAUUACCUUCUGAGAUGUGAAAUAAAAGAUAAUAUCAAAAGUCUGUCAACUCUUGAUUGUAAAUGAUUAUGUUGAAAACCAUUAUAUCUCAUAACUGAAAAUAAUGGACAGUAUUCAGAUGUGUUGCUUUCUUAUGGAAGAGAAAAUUUCCAUGGGUGGGAGAAGUGAGGCUGUGGCCUCAAACCUUUUGUAAUGCAAAGAACCCAGGUCUAAAGCAACUAUGUCAAUAGCAUCACCUUAGGGCUUCUUGAAUAGCAUCCCAUCAAAAUUCCUCAUAUUCUCUUUGCUUUAAGGGAUAUAGGUAGCCCUUGGGUGGAGUACUCUGGGUCUAGGAUACCUCUGUUAAGUUAUAGAAUAUAGAAAAUUUCAGCUGGGAGGGAACCUUUGAGAUCACUGAAUCCAGCCUCCUUGUUUUAUAGCUAAAGAUAGGGUAAGGGACUCUCCUGAGGUCAAGUGGCUAAUGAAGUGGCAGAACCAGGCCUGGAAGACCCAUCUUCUGGUUUUUAGUCUAGCCCUCUCUCCAGUCCCUCAUACUUCUGAUUAUUGUCUUUGGAGAUUGAUAUUCUGAAGGUGGAAGAGAGAUUUGGGGGAUCAGCAGGUAUUUUACACAAUUCUUUUUAAUUUUAAGAUUGCAAAAGGGGAAAAAAAUUCUCCAUGUAACAAUUAAAAAUAGCCUUUUUUGGACAUAACCCUAACAACAAGUCACCACAUUAACCUUUUAACACCAAUGAGAAAUAACAAAAAUUACUUUUGCUUCCUGGGGUUACCAAUUAUGCUACUGUUAUACUAGCUUACCACAAAUAAUACCAACAGAUGCAUUUUGCAUCUCUCUUGGAUUUAAUUUCUGCUAGGACCUUACCAUUAUCAAAUGCUUUUCUCUUGUCCAGGGAGUCAGAUGCAGUGGUCAUGGAGUCUUUCUUUGGGAUUUUCUUAUAUAGUUACCAAGUAUUUCAUGAAUCCUUAAAUAAUGGUUGUCUUUAUAUUAAAUGAUGGAGGGGAAAGCUCAAUCAUUUCUAAAGGGCCUUAUUUAGUUUGUGGUGGUAUAGGUUAUGUAAAUAGCUUGAGUUUGUUUCAAGCCACACCAUAUUUUCAUUCAAUCAAGUCAUUGAACUAAUAAAGGAAAUAUGAAGGGAAAGAACAAAAAAGGGAAUUCAAGAUGGAUAAGAGGAAAGUUGACACAAAUUCCAGUAUUUGUUAACUGUUUUACACCAGAUACCUGGGCAUGUAAAGAUGCCCUCUUUUCUGUAUUAAAGGAAAUGGGCACCUAUUGUCUUCUCAUGGCUGCCUGUUAUUAUUCUCUUCCCUGACUUGAAACUGAGUGUUAGAGAAUACAAGUUAUUUAUCUGUACUUUAAAACAUGCAAGAUGUGAACAACAACCUUAAUUUAACCCUUUUAAAAACUCCAAGCAUUUGUUAAUCAUUUAUUGUAAAGUACUGCUUAGCCCUGAGAAUUGGAAAAAAACAAAACAAACACAAAAAAAGCCUCCACCCUCCAGAAGCACAUUUCAAAUGAGAGAGACUUUAUGUAAAUAACUAGUUAUGUGUAAGAUUGGGACCAAGGAAGUGGACAGUAAUCUGAAAAGGGAAGCAUUUACACUGAGGCAUCAGGAAAAGCUCCCUGCAGCAGGUGAACUUUGAGUUAUGUCUUAAAUGAAACUAGGUAAACAAAGAAGUAGAGAUGAGGAGCAGAGCUUUCCAGAAUGGGAGAAAGCCAUAUUAAGUCAAGUAAACAAACAUUUAUUAAGCAUUCACUAUAUGCCAGGUAUUGAGCAUACAAAGAUGAGAUAAUCAAAUGAGAUCAUAUCGGUAAAGCAUUUAGCACAGUGCUCAUUAUUAUAGUAAGUGCUCAAUAAAUUUGAAUUCCAUUCUAAAGAAAGGUAAAAACAGUCCCUAUCUCCCUCAAGGAGAUCACAUUCUUUUUUUUUUUUUUAAACCCUUACCUUCCGUCUUGGAGUCAAUACUGUGUAUUGGCUCCAAGGCAGAAGAGUGGUAAGGGCUAGGCAAUGGGGGUCAAGUGACUUGCCCAGGGUCACACAGCUAGGAAGUGGCUGAGGCCAGAUUUGAACCUAGGACCUCCCAUCUCUAGGCCUGGCUCUCAAUCCACUGAGUUACCCAGCUGCCCCCUAGGAGAUCACAUUCUUAUGGGAGACACAAUACACACAGGAUAAUUGCACAUGAUCUUGGGGAAGGCACUAGCAUUAAUGCCGAUUGAGAAAGGUUUCAUUCUGUGGCUGGGAUUUUAGCUGAGACAUGAAGGGAGCCAGAAAAGCCAAGAGAUGGGAGAGGGGAGGAUCAUGUGGAGGGGAGGACAAGGAGGUUAGCUGACUGGAUUACAGUGUGUAUGGAGGUAGUCAGGUGUGAGAAGAUGGAAAGAGUAGGAAAGGACCAGGCUAAGAACAGCUUCAGAUGCCAGAGAAGUUUUUAUUUGCUCUGGGAGAGUUCAUUGAGCAGGAGAUUAGUGUGGUCAUAGCUCCAUUUUUAAUAGAUUGCUUUUGGCAGCUGAGUUGAGGAUGAACUGGAGUAGGGAAAGACUUUGGGCAAGACCCUGAGAGCUUACAUCACUUCCCAGGGUCACUUAACCAAGAUAUGCCAGAGGUAGAACUUGAGUUCAGGUUUUUCUGACUCCAGAGUCAGCUCUCUGUCCAUUAUCCCAUACUGCCUCUCAUGACACUAGUUACUGUGUUUUAAAAAAAUGAAAUGAAAUGAAGUUUAACUACCACUAUGGAAAGUCAGAUUCUGAUGUUUCAUCCUCUGUGACUUUAAAUGUAAGGCACUAGAGAUCUAGAUUUUUUAAUGGAAGGAGUGGCAUAGUCUGUAUUACAGGAAGGCUGAGUUUGCAGAAGUGUGGAGGAAGAUGUUCAGGAAUAUUGAAAUCAUGCUUCAUCCCAGCGUUACUCAAGUAUAGACUGACUCAAAUUCUACCACCUCAAAUAGGAAAAUGCAUUGUUUGCUUUUGAAAAGCAUGGUAACCCAAAACUAAAUGCUAAAAAGCUUUUGAUGAAAUACCAUAGAAAGUCAAAGUAAAAAACCCUAAAAAAAUCUAAGUAUAGAAAUGCCAUUUUCUAAUAUGAUAAAAAGUCUAUCUCUAAAACCAAAAGGUAGCAUUAUUUGCACUGGAGAAACAUUUCUCAGUAAAUAUAAGAGUAGAAUAAGCCUUGUUAUUUGACAUAGUUUUGAAAUUGCUAGCAAUAGUGAUAAGAGAAAUAAGAAUUGAGACCAUGCAUGAUUUUAAUAUUUCUGGCAUUCAAAGAGAGCAAACAUGAAGAGGAGACAAAACUAUCCCCAUUUUCUGGGAUAAAUCAACUUAUUUAGAAAACCCCAGAGAAUCAGCAAACAAAUUAAAAUAAUUAUCACUUUAGAAAGUAGAAGAAUAUAAAAUGCACCCAGAAAAUCAAUGGCAAGUCUAACUAGCAGUAACAAAAUGCAGGAGGAAAUAAUAGAAAGGGAGGUCCCAUUCAUAGUUACUACAAAAAUACAUAAAAUAUCUGGGAGUCAUUCUACCAAAGCAUUCUCAAGACUUGUAUAGAUAGAAUUUCAGAACAUUCAUGUAAGAAAUAAAGAACAAUGAUGAAAAGAGAGAAUAGGAAUGAUUACCAAGAACUAGAAAAUCUAGUCAGUGGCUUUAGUGGAUCUUAAUUUGUUCUAAUUUAGACUGGGACUAUUUUUCUAGCAAAUUUCAACAGACUAAUGUAAAUAAAUAAUUAAAAAAAAGAAAUAAUGAACAACUUACAUAAUUAAUUUUUGGGGUAUCCUUGUAGCUUAUGGCUGGGACUCUCCAGUAUAACAAACAAUACUCCUUGGAAGGCAUGGGAGCCAACAAGAAACUCACUUCUUAUGUCUUUUGUUUGUGUGGUUAGCAGCAAAACGAUAGUUCAUAAUUGCUUUUAUAUUAGCCAUUUGUUCUAUCAGAAACUGUAGCACACAAGUGAUUUACAGUGGAAAGAAUGCCAAGUUUAGAAUAAGAAGAUCUGGAUUCACAUCCUGCUGCUUUGACUUUAACUAGGGGCAAAUCAUAUGGCUCUGGGUUUUCUUCAUUGUUAAAUGGGGUGGAUUGGGGGGGAUUCUAGGGAAUAACCUUCUAGAUCUCUUCCAACUCAUAAACCUGGGAGCCAGAACAACUUCUGCCCCAGUUCCUAGCAGCAUAGAGGAAGGUUUGGGAUACUUGUGGAUGCUCAGUUUCUUCCAAGUGCUUGGCAAACUUUGGAUGCCUAAAUCCCUGAUGUU